GUGCGCUGGAACAGUGGAAAGCUUAUGUGAUUUCCCUUAUGCUACGAACAGGAUGCUGGCCUUUGUGUUAAAUCUUUCAAGCAUGGCAGAAACUGUAUGCCAAAUCCAACGCCUGCCUUCAAAUUCUGGCUGACUAGCUGCAGCAGAGCAUGGAGUGAACAACUGGAGAUUACAUUGAUGGAUGACCAACAAGAUAAGGAUUGUGCCUCAGAAGACCAAGAAGCAAUCCUGAUUAAUGGGGUGAAAGAGGAUGACUCACAUGACCUGGAUGGCGACGAGAAGCCCUUGCGUGCUGCAGACGCGGCAGUUCCCUUCCCGGCCCUGACGGUGACGGUUCAGAAAGAAAGCCAAGGCUGCCACCGAGCCCAGCCGGCCCUGACUUCAAAGAAACCCUGUUGGCUGAGCCCUCCCUCCCCUCUGAGACUGGCCGAUGUGCCUGAUCACAUUUCCGAUGACUCCUCCUCUGUCCACGCCAUUUCCCUGACAUCGUGUGUCACAAAGGGCAUGAGCACCUGGUCUCUGCCGGGCGACUGUGAGAAGGCUCCGUUCACCAUGAUGGAGCCCGGGAGCAUUUCAGCACUCACCGGUGACUGCUUGAUGCAGCCAAGCCGGACCUGCCUGGGCUGCUUUAUUGAAUCAAAGGACGGCAUAGAUGCAGAACCGGGAAUAAGCCUGAAAGUAGGUGAUAUAAAUAGGGAUUAUGACACCUGUUCCGUCUCUGAUAUAGGGAUUCAUUGCAUGAGCACAGGAGAAAGCAUGAGAUAUGGAGAUCAACUGCUUUCAGACCAGCUUUUAAGCUUCCCGAUGCAUAAAUCAAGAGCAGCAGACAAAAGAGAUGCUGAGAAAUCUGACAGUGAUUCAGAGGACCCCACUCAGAAAAAUUAUUAUGAGGGAUUACUGUUAGACAAGUGCAAUGGGGAGGAACCUUUAUUAACAAAUCCCAACCAGGAGUGGGGAUAUUUUGAAUCUUUCAUUAGUGAAAGUAAAAUUGAGCUGCUGGACCUUUGCUCCAAAAACGAGCUUUCUGUAAAUCUGUUUUCUGAGGAAGAUGUGGAUAAUUACAUGUUUGACGAUGAUGAUUCAACCUUGGGAAGUGACGUCUGCUCCUUAAAGAUCCGAUACGAAUCCUUCCAGGACAACGUGAGGGAGAAGACUGGGGCUCUAGCGCAAGAGGAUGCCCAGUUUAACUUCUUCCCGAGUGUGUUCAGCGGAUGCCCGAAGCGAGAAGGCAGAACAGCCUUGAAAAGGGGGCCGCGAGGGGCUGGAGAUGCCUCCCAAUUCAAAUCUGAAGACAGCAUCAUUUGGGGGGAAGAAGAGGGAGACGGAGAGCGGGGAGAAGAGGAGGAGGAGGAAGAGGAGGAAGAGGAGGAGGUGGUGGAGGGUGAGAAAGUGGCCUUAAACAGAUCUUGCACCAGUACUGAAGUGCUACAGUACAUUGGUCCCAAAAGAAACCACUUCUUGGAAAUCGUGAAUUCCACGGAGGACUCUGGGGAAUUCAGUGAUGACAGCACCUGCACUGAAUCUUCAUUUGAUGUGCUCCAGGAUCUUAAGGAUUGCAACAAGUACCUGCCCAGAGACCACUCUAGCUCUUUCAUUCAACAAAACUACGGCCUGCGAGCAAAGAGGAAAGUGCGAUACAGUGAUGACUACCUGUAUGACGUGGAUUCCAUCGAGAGUGAGAAGAUUGUGGAUAAGAAGGAGUGGAUUCCAGAUGGACCCAAGGAGGAGGAUGACGACGAGUGGUGUCCAAAGAAGAGGCGAAAAGUUUCUCGCAAGGAACCCCCAGUCAUCAUCAAAUAUAUCAUCAUCAACCGGUUCAAAGGGGAGAAGCACAUGCUAGUUAAGCUCAGCAAAGUGGAUGCCAGUGAGACGACAGUUACCUUGAGUGAGGAACUCUUGAGCAAAUAUGCCAAGCUGGCCCCGUUGAAGGCGUUCUGGCAGGAGAGGUGGCAGAGCCGCCUCAGCUUCCUCAAAUCAGCGCUCUAUCGCAAGCAAAGCUUCUAUCUCAAUGGCUCUGAGGUCUCCUUCCUGCCUCACCCACGGAAACGAAAGUGUAAACUAGCAAACAGGCACCGGAUCCAGAGGAUCAAGGCCAUCGAGCAACCUGUGGGCAAGCCAGGCUCUUGCUCUUCAGAUCCGAAGCAGAUUUGCCGUAGGAUUGGAGAUGAGGUAGGAAGCUUGAAAGGGAUGCAGGCCUUAGCCCUCACGACCCCUAGCUGUGCAAACGGUCUGCAUUUGAGUGACAUUGCCAGCCUCGUAUCACCGAAAUGCAAAUUGCAAGACAGGGGAUUUAAGGGCCCCGAGAGGAAGGUCUUGCGCAGAAUUAAGUUCAAAAGUGAAGCCAGGUUGAAAUGCAAACGCAUGAAAGCUGCUGCUGCCGCCGCUGCUGCCACCCCCCAUCUUGCAGAAGCCUCCCUGGCCUUGGAGAACCAGGAGACUGCAACAAGUUUAAAGGACGAAAGUGUUCCUUGUGCUGCAGACGGCUCUCGCCUUUCCGAGUGCCAGGAGGAUAAGGUUGCUAAAAAUUCCUCAUCGUUUCUACCCACCGCCACCUGCUCUUCAGACAAGCCUCCGCCAUCUGCCAAUCUUGCUGCUAAUGUGCCCCUCAUCCCUGGGGGGUAUUUGCAGACAUUGUUAGAUGCCUCUGAUUUGUCGAGCAGCACUGGCAUCGCCUACUUCAGUCCUCAACCCCCUGAGCAGCAGCAGCAGCAACAGGACCCACUCCCCAGCCUCGUACAGGCAGACAAAUCCUUCUGUCCUCUGCAGCCGGCUCAGAGCUGCAUCCUGUCCCCACCUUCUGAAUCAGAGCUGCAGCAGUCCCCGAGCCGUUUGGAAAUUGAGCCGGGCAGCUUCGGAGGCAUGUGGCCAGCUAGCAAAGGAGGAGGUAGCAACAGCCAGGAAUUUGCAAGUGAGUUGCAAGAGGCUUCGGUGAUGUCGGCGGCAGAGUUUGGUGGCUGCACAGGUACCGAGAACACCCCAGCCUCUGGAUACAAUCAAGUUAGUCUGAGUAGCAGCAAAUUACUAUACCAAAAAAAAUACAUGCCAGAUAACCAGCAACUACCAUCUGAUGACUCUUACCAGUCCUGUAAUUUUAGUAACAGAGAGGGGCAUUUUCAUUUCCAGAGAGCUACGCUCAGUACGGACGAUGGGAGACUCGUUAGUUUUGAUUCCGUGGGCUCUUUGUCGGUAAGUUCUAGCAAUUACAGCUCCCUGAGUUUAAAGUCCUGUGAAAAGGAUGGGGAUGAUGACAUUGCCGAUGAUUUCUUGGCCCAUUGUAGCCCCAAACUUGUGAUUCAGCAAAGCAUAGAUGAAAUUACGCCUUUGAAGGAGUCAACCGAUCUUUUAGAUAUUUCCAACUUCACACCUGAUAAGUUCCGCCAGUCCUCCCUGUCUGAAAUGUCUCCUCCAGACACCCCUAACCUUUCCCCGCAGAUAGCUGGCUCAGAAAGCAAACCGCUAGGAAACAUGAAAUGUUUUCCCGAUAAUUCUCAAGCUGUGCUAAGCAAUCCAGAGAAGGUCAAGUGGGGCUGUGGGGUUCUCCAGGCCCAAGACCAGGCAGAUAAUGGAUUCACUUUAAAUAAUCACCAGUUUCAGUUCCAUAUGUUCAACGAUGAGGAUUCUGUCAGCCUCCUUGAAAAAAGCCCAUGCCUGUCAACAUUUAAUGAGCCAUCUGGCCAAAUUAGCACCAAUAGCAAAGUGUCAAAAUCAAAGAGGAAAAGUUCGUCUAGUAAAAACGUGGGUACAAACCAAAGCCUUCCCCAGAAAAAUGUUCGGAAAAAAUCGCCCAAAGCCAACAAAGGGACUGAAAAGCCUCCAGGCAAGAAUUCUAGGCAAGUGCCCAAAUCAACAAGGAAGGGGAAAAAUGCAGGUGGCAUUAAUGGGGAAAAGACUCCGAGUGUUGGGGGCAGAGUGGCACCCCCCUUAAGCAAUUUAGCCUCAGCAACAAAAGUGUUGGCAGAAUCCAUUCGGCACGGCAGCCCCACCUCCAUGCGGGUAGGGAAACAUAACGGACUGCCCGGGGAUUGGUCCCUGGGAAAAGACAGUGGCGGAGGCUGGUCGGAGACUGGCAUCGGACAUGCCAGCAGCCUCCUUGAUGAUGAUCAAAGGGAAUUUGAGGAGCCGUCCAAUAUUUUAUCAAACAUUGCAUCUGGAAUGGCAGAUGUUCAGAGAUUCAUGAUGGCCUCCAUCGAACCUCUGUGGGGCCCUAUUGGUCACAACAAUGUCUCUGAUCUCUUCCGGUCCCCGGAGUCAAACAGCCUGAAAUUGAAAACUCUUAAGAUUCUGGCAGGAACAUCCCAGGAAUCCAAGAAAAAGGUGAACGCCAAUUCUCCGGGAACAGGGAAAAGUCACAAACCGGGAAGCAAAAACCUGAGCAAAACCAGCAGCCGAGCCACCUCGUGCGACCCUGGAGGACGCCCCAAUUGUUCGACUGGGUAUUCCACAGACAUUCACUCUCCCUUUUUUGAUAAAAGCUAUAGUAACCUGAGCACUUUAGCCAAAAACGAGCCUACUCAUAAAAAGCUGUAUCGGCAUAAAUCCACUUCUAAGUCACUGAGGGAUGAGAACUGUAAAGUGAAGCGAGCAGAACGUGAGCAGCCCCAUAAAGACCCAUCUGUGACAGCUUCAUUUGAGAAACUGAGGGAAACAGACUUCAUUCUUCUUAAAGCAGAAACAGCAUUUUUGGUUUUACCUGUAUUUGAAGAAGAGACACCUUUUUCUAGAAAGACAUUUGAUGCUUGUUUGGGUUGUUUUUCUUUUCUUUUUAAAAAAUCUUUGUUUAUGCCCCCCUCUUUUACUUGCUCAAAAAGAAAAAAAAUAACAAUGCCUUGUAAUAUGUUGAAGUGUUAAGUGCUGAAAUCAAAAGUUUGAAAUUGUGGGACUUUUAUUCUUUGGAAGCAAAACUAACAUGGUAUUCCCUGUGUUUCAAAAGUCGUACUGUUGUACAGUUGUUGAUGCACUAUUGUCUACAACAACCACACAAAUUGUGCCAAACUCUGAACAAGUGUUGUACUGUACAUAUUUUUACAUCUCUUAUCAGCAAUGGGUUGUGAGUGUUUUCUGGAGCUAUUUUUUGCCUUUUGGUUUACUAAAAACAUUCCAGGGAUGUAAUUAGUCACCCCAUUGGAAAUCACCACUAUGAAAAUGAUGUUGAUCACAUACUACAAAUGUACCAAAAGUUUUAUGGACAAGACUACAUAUGCGUGCCAAAUUGACUUACCUCAUUUAAUACAUUUUGCCCCUGUGGCUCAAAAGGAGGCUGGGUCAGGAGGGUGGGAGAACUGUGAUGUGGAAAUUUGGAAAAUGUUGGUGCCCUCUGGAAAGUAUUGAUCAAAUAUUUUUUAAAAAAUCAGCCUAGGAUUGCUGUUCUGCUGAAAGACUGAGAAUAUUUAACAGUGUCACUCAAGGUAAGUUUACUGGAAACUCAAGCAAUUAAAAAAACACAUCUGUUUUCUACCACCUGUUUUAUUUAAAGCAAAAACUCUAACUGGAGAUAAUUUCAAGAGAACAGUUGUAUUGUUGAUACUUUGUAUCAGUUUUCUAUAUUUUAUAAUGCAGCAUGGGAUAAAUUCUAAAAUUAGUGAGAAAAAAUCAGAACUAACCCAUUUCAUAUACACUGUAUUGGAAUUUCAUUUUUAAGUGGUUUUGCCACCAUUUUAAAAGCUUCUCCUGGCAGGAAAGACCAUUGAUCCAAGCUUUGGGGUUUUCUAAUGUUUUAACCUCUGGUGUCAAUAUUGUUUGAAGGCUUGUAAAACAAAACAAAACCCACAGGUUUUUAUUCUAACUAUGAAUUUAUAGGUCGACUCUGCAUCCUUCGACAGGGAGUGGAACGCCUGCUAUUCUCAUCGAUUGGGGGCCAGAAAAAUUGCUAGUAACAAUAAUAAUAAUGUGCUUUUCCAAGGAAUUAAUCAGUGUUGGCUGCUUAAUGAAGGCCUUAUUUCACUCCUUACAAGGGGAAAGGGGGAGGAAAAAAAGGAUAUUGCUUUUAAUUUUUUCUGUCUACCUGAGCCUGUGCAUUUUGCUGCUUAUUUAUUGUAAAAACUUGACAAUGCAAGAGGCCUGCCAGCUUGGGAAGCCUUUGAGAAUCCAAGGCAGAGAGAUAUUGUUAGGACUUCAUGCGCUAGGAAACUGUAACAUGGAUGUGACUGGAGAACAGUUUGUUGAAAGAACACAAAGCAUUCCAGGGACGGGGGACUAGCGUGACCAAAUCCUCUUUCAUUGCUUUCCCUGGGAUGUAAUCUGACUUCUCUUCUGGAUUGUGCUCUUUGGGCUCCUGUAUGUGUGCAUGAUGGGUAUGGUUCCUUUUUCAAGCAGAAAUAUCUUCUCUCCUUAGCUUGGGGGGAUGGCCCAAGCCCUCCUGCCACCUGAGGUGGGAGGAGCAGUUCAGUUCACAGCUGCCUCACUGAGCCUAACAUUAAUCUCUCCCCCCCCCCCAUUCAUGUAGACACAGAGCUCAACAGGGAUGCUUCAGAAGCCUUUGUGUUGAGCAAGUGAAAGCAACUAUUUUUCCACAGGAAAGAGCGCUCUGAGAAGUCAAAACGACAGAGGUUGCCUUGCUGAGAGCCUUUUUUCUUUCAAUCAGAGAUUAAGAUGCUAAUACUUGAAACUCAAGGCUGUUGGGCCAUGAACUGAAAGCAAUACACUUUCCGAAUCUAAACCAUGAGGGUGAAGGGCUUGGCUGGCCUUUGGCUGCUCCUUGCUGGAUUUCCAGGCACUUUGGUGGAUCGUUACCUUACAGGAAUAGUGGGGAGGGAAAAUGUCAUGCCCGGAUGAGCCAGGGUAGACUUGCAGGUUAGACGGGCAAGAGGAGCAUCCAGGUGCUGCCCGUAAUGAUUCUGGCUGCUGGCCUGAAUUCCACUAAGCUGUGAAUGCAGGUUGAAGUCAAAGAAGAGCCUUCUUUUUACGGGGGUGGGAGAAGGAAGAGCCCCCCUAGCCAGCUUCUCAAGCAGCAAGAGGACUGUCCAAUGAGUCCUUCUGUCACUACCCCCCCAUGUCAUGUGCUGUGGGACCCCAGAGCUCUCCACUUCUUCAGCAGAGGCAUCAUUAGAACCAAGCAGGAAGAGGGGUCAAUAUUGCAAGCCAUAAGGUUCUG